AUGUCUUUCCAUGAGAUGGAGGAGAGGCCGGGCUCUGCAGCCGCUUUGUCUUCGUCUCAGGGGCCAGAGGCACUCACGCCCGGGGACUCUUCGUCCCCGUCGCCUGGGCUCGACCGUCUCACCCCUGAGAGCAGCGGUAACAGCAGUAAUGGAGACUUGGGACGGGAGGAGCAGGGCAUGAUGAUGGGCCCUCUCCUCAGCAACAACGACAGCAGCGGCGACGACGAAAUCUACGAGCUGGAUGAACGGGGCUCACGAGAGACCGGCCGCGACUACAGCCGUCCAAGGAAUGGCUUCAGCUAUGCUGCUGAGGAAGAGCGUGCGGUCGUCGACAAGUUCGAUCGCCGCCUGGUCCUCUUCGUAGCGUUCCUGUACAUGCUGAGCUUCCUUGACCGGUCGAAACCAGCAGACACAGAAGCUAACGACCUAAGAAUAGACAUCGGGAACGCCUAUGUCGCAGGCAUGGAUGACGACCUCACCCGGCGCACGGCUGCCGGGGCCGCGGAGGAUGGUGGUGGGGCCGGCGGGAAGGCCUACUACGAGUGGGCGUUGGCGUCUUUUUAUAUCGCCUACAUCUUGUUCGAGUGGAUGAGCCUCCUCUGGAGCCGCGUCCCCGCGCACGCCUACGUGGCCGGCAUCGUGCUCUCGUGGGGCGCCGUGGCCUCGCUGCAGGCCGUCGCCACGUCGUACCCCGUGCUGAUCGUCCUGCGCUUCCUCCUGGGCGUCGGCGAGGCGGGCUUUACCGGGAUUCCUAUCUACUUGAGUUUCUUCUUCCGGAGGGAGGAGCUGGCGCUGAGGACUGCGGUCUUCAUCUCCGCUGCGCCGCUUGCUACCACAUUUGCCUCGUCCUUGGCAUGGCUGAUCACCAAGUUCGCCGAGAACGGGCCCAUCGCGCCGUGGAGGCUACUGUUCCUCGUCGAGGGCUUUCCGGCGGUGCUAGUCUCGACUAUGGCAUGGAGGAUCAUCCCGGACUCGCCUGAGAAGGCGACGUACCUCACCAGGCGCGAGAAGAAGAUCGCGAGGUUGCGCCUCUCGGACGGGUGCACAGGGGAAGAGAAACGCAGAGAGGACCCGUCCUCGGCCUCAGGAGGGCGACGGCGGCGAUGUGGCAGUGAUUUCUGGACGGUGCUCCGCGACCCAGUUCCUUGGACGACAGCGGCCAUCUUCCUGCUCACGAACAUAGCGUACUCUUCCCUCCCAGUGUUCCUGCCCUCGAUCUUGACACAGAUGGGCCAUACCCCUGUGGCCUCACAGGCUCUCUCCGUGCCCCCUUACCUAAUCUCCUUCGUCGCCGUGCUCGCCGUAGCAAAGGCUUCGGACGCCCUGCAGUCACGCGCCUAUCUCAUCGCCGCGUGCGCGCUGUCCUCGGCGCUGGGCUACGCCUUCCUCGCGCUGAGCCACCGCCUGAGCAACAUGCUCGCCGGGCCCGGCUCGCAGGGCAGCAGUGGGAAGGGAUGGCUCAAUAUGGCGAGGUACCUAGCGAUCUACCCAGCGGCGGCAGGCUUUUUCUGCGUUGUCGUCCUGACCAUCGCGUGGAACGUGAACAACUCCCGGGGGCGGGACCACAAGGGCGCCGGGUUCGCGCUCAUGCAGGUGAUCGGGCAGACGGGCCCGCUCAUCGGGACGAGGCUGUACCCGAAGGGGGACGGGCCGUGGUUCACCAGUGGGAUGGGCAUCUGUGCUGCGGCCAUGUUUGGCGUCGCGGGCUUGGCUCUGGGGUUGAGGGCGUACCUGGCGAGGGCGAACAGGCGCGGAGACGGGGAUGGCGCGGGAGGGAGCUUGGAAGAGGAGGAGCGGUUGUUUGCGGGGGACAAGAGCGAUAACCACGUGGUGAGAUUUAGAUAUAUGCUAUAG